GGCAGCUCUAUAACUUUAGUUUUUUAAAUCUUUUUUUUUUUUUUUUUUUUUUUUUUUUGUUCUUUUUUUCGGAGCUGGGGACCGAACCCAGGACCUUGCGCUUAUUAAAAUCUUAUUUUUAAUGAUGGUUCUUAAACACUUGAACUUCCCUGUUGGCCCACCACCCAACCAGAGGUAGUGGGAAAGAAAGGAUAUGGGGGAAAUGGACCUAUUUAGAAAGGUUCUUUGGAGCAACUCCUGUCUGGGUUGUCUGGAAAUCGGCAGUUCAGUUCACAGAUUAGCAGGCAGCGGCAGCUCGAUCCACUCGCAAACACCUCACUGAUACACCAGCAGCCCAGUUUUGUAGAGUCAGGUGACACGAUGACUUGACCUAACAGAGACAGCAAGGCCUUUGCCUCUGCUCAAGUCAGCAGGAGGGAGCUGGAGGGACACCAGGAGAAGUUCAGGGAAGCAAAAAUCAGCAAGACUCAAGAUCCACAAGUAUUGCACAGCUGGCUGUACAAGCAAGCCAAGCCCUCUCUUCAUCACGCCAUUUAGUUCUAUUUACACCCUGCAAACAUCACGUGUCCUCCAUGUGCCUUGCCUCAGCUGCCAUCACUGCCAAUCAGCCUGAGUCUGUGGAAGUGGCACACCACCAGAAGUUUCUCUCUAGGGAGUCCCCACAAAUGCAGCUCAACUCUGCAGUGCAAGGCAGACCAAUACGUGCGUGUCCUUAGCAAAGAAUCCUUCAUCACGUGUCCUUUCACAUGCUUGUUUUAGCAGAACACCCUCUCUCCUGUGUCUGCUUCAGGAAACAGUCCUUCAUGAGUCUGCCUGAGCCUUUCACACCUGUGUCGACUUUCACACGUUUGCCCCAGCAAAACACCAUCCAACUGACUUUCCAAAGCACCCUUCCAUUUCCACUUCACAACUCCACCACUGGAUCUGCUGUUUGCAGUCCUCAUUCUUAAGCUGGCUCCAUUCAUUGCUUGUAGCUUUCCCCACAGAAAUUCUGCACCAUCGGUCUCCCACAUAUAGGGCCUCCCAUCUAAUGUCAGUUAAUGCUCAGUUUCACAUUUCACCCGGCCUCCUAGACCUUCCUUUGAACACUGGGUACAAGUCUCUGUGAAGGGCCCUGUAAAUCUUGCAUUUGUCACAUUGGGGGUCAGAGGAGCCUGGCCAGAGCCAGGAGGAGUGCCCCACAGCCUCUCACUCCAGUCAGCCUAGGGAAGCUCCUGCAAGUUUGAAGUAUCCUCCCUCCGUUUUUGAGCAUAAGGUCUAGGCUCAUGUUAUAUACCAUUGCUGUUGGUACUGUGUCCCUUCAGUGGGUGGAACAGAUAUGUGUGGGUGCAUAUCACCCAUGCAUAUCUACUUCUGUGUUUCCCUGUGUUAAAACCAUGCACUCACACUCACAUUCCAUUUCCACAGCACUGUAGAGCGCCUUGAGCCCACCUCUGUUCCCCAUCACUGGGAAGCCUGGCUCUAGUAGGGAGCUCUGGUAUUUCCCUUCACCUACUGGAAUCUCCUGGUCUUAAAAAAGCAAAAACAAAACACUAAAAGGCCUCCAGCAUAUUCAGUCGUUCCCUACCUUAGCCCAAAGUAGGCCCCUCAGUCUGUCAGUCACUUGUUUGCUCCAGGGAGCUCUGUGUAGACACUUGUGCAGGGCCUGCUGGGCAUGCAUUGUGAGAGGGGUUUAUAGGAAAUGGCCAUUCUGUUCUUGGAGGAGUUGAGAGCAAUUGCAGAGCUGAUCUCUGUGUGGGUUGUGAGAGUCACGCAGUCGGCUGAGGAUGCCUGUCCUUUCCGCUUUCAAUGUUCCCUCCGUCCCUACGGUAGUGGGAAAAUACGUCAUAUGUGUGGGUGUGUAUUCAUGGGUUCAGAUGGGAGAUAGGUCUCUCGGUCACUCUGUUCUCCCGUAUCCCGAUCCCCCAGGAUGAUGCAAUAAAAGACAGGUGUCUCUGGAAAAGAGCUAUGCGACUGUGAGACUGGGGACGACUGUAGGUACUAAAUACUGGCCCAGUGUACCCAGGGAGUGUGACCCAGUGGUGUGUCACUGAGUACAGCCAUAAGCACACAUGAUGUGCUCUGGAGAACAGGCAUGGGGAGGCGAAGUCUCGGUUGUUGCACUGUCCCUGGCUUCCCACACGUGUCCACUGGCCAUCGUCUUUAGCCGGGUUUGCCCAGGAAGCCUCCUCAGUGAGACUUAAAGUCGUUUGUGGAAAACUAUCUCGCAGCAGUGGCCCCCUUGCCACGCAUGGGAAGUGUCCAUCGAGAGCUGUCCGGAAGCAGUGCAGCACCAGCCAUUUGUGUGACGCAGUCACUUCCAGACUGACCUGAUUUUGAAGGAGAACUGUCAAUAUACCAGUGGAUUCGAGGGCUGACUACCCUGGAAGAUACAGUGCCAUCCACAGCCGAGCCCCUCUUCACCCAGCAUGGCCGGGGAAAGGGAGUCCAGUGACUCUAGCUAUUUCUGGAAAGCAAGUUGUUUAAAAUACUUUUAGAAGAGGUUGGGUAUGGCGGCACACACCUUCAAUCCUAGUAUACAGGAGGCAAAGUUGGGCAGAUCUCUGAGUUCCGGGACAGCGAGAACUAUGGAGAGAAACCCUAUUUCAAAAACAACAACAAAAUUUUAUAAGGAUUGUAAAUGAUUAAGAGCUUGCAGGGGACCUGCUCGGUCCCCAGUCCCCACGUGACAGCUACAGCUCUAUUCCCUGAGGUUGUGUCCUCUGGCCUCUACAUGGUACACAUAAACUCACACAGGCACAUACACACACUAAGAUAAACUUUUUAGAGAUUUUAUUUUAUGUAUGUAUGUGAAUAUACUAUCAUUGUCUUCAGACACACCAGAAGAGGGCAUCGGAUCCCAUUACAGAUGGCUGUGAGCCACCAUGUGGUUGCUGGGAUUUGAACUCAGGACCUCUGGAAGAGCAGUCAGUGCUCUUAACUGCUAAGGCAAAUCUCCAGCUCUACCGUAAGAUAAUUAAUCAUUAAGAGCGAUACUUGUAUGGCUUAAGUAUCUCAGACCUUCAGAGACUUACACCCCCAGCUGACUGAUGGUCGAAGACCCUCAUUCAGUCCCCAGCCUCCAUGUGGGCUUCUGGCUUCUUAGACAAAACCCAGGAGGAAGGUGGGAUGGAUGGUAGAGCUCAUAGCCAGCCAUGCACACAGAAUGGAAGAGAGGGUGGGCAGAGCUGCUGGGGGGUGGGGAGGUAGGACACUCCACCACUGGGGAGAGAAUGAAGACAGGGUGGUGGGUUCAAGGGUGUGUGCCCUUGGAGACUAGAAGGAAGGUGGGGUGGACUGAUGGCUGGGGAUGGACUUGGGUAGAGGCAAUAGUCAUGUGCCCAGAUUUGCAUUGUAGAAAGCCAGGUUUGGAGCAGGGCGGGACUCAGGCUCUGGCAGGCAGGUGGAAGCUGCAGAGAUGGAAGCCGGAGGGGACUGUGCUGUGCUGGAGCUGAGGGAGAAGCCAGAGCUGGAAGAUAGCCAGAGUGACCACAGCCAAGGACAGUGAGAGAUGCUCUGGAGCAAGCUGCAGGCCUGUGGGUCUCUGUCUCAAGAACGGGGUCCGGGGAUAGGUGGAACACAGAUUUAACAGACGUAACAGCAUUUUAGAUUCAACUUGGAAGCCAGGCAUAACUGCAUAUGACUUUAAUCCCAGCACUUGGGAGGCAGAGGCAGAUGAGUCUCUGAGUUUGAAGCCAGCCUGGUCUACAUAGUGGGUUCUAGGAUAGCCUGGGCUACACAGUGAGACCUUGUCACCAAAGGAAAAGACAAGAAUAUUUUUUUUUUCGGAGCUGGGGACCAAACCCAGGACCUUGCGCUUGCUAGGCAAGCGCUCUACCACUGAGCCAAAUCCCCAACCCCAAGACAAGAAUAUUUAACUUAGUUGCCACAGUGCACUCACCCUGUCUUCUGAGUGGUUGUUCGUACACUGCUCCUUUAAAGUGUUUUCCUCCCCCUCCCAGUACAGACAGCUCAUAGGAACAUGGUGCUAUGAUGGUAGGGUUUGGGGGCCAUGGUUCCUUUUUUGUCCCCCACAGUCCUUCUGCUUACCAGCUGUUGACUCAGUCCUCCUCUUCCUGAUCCUGAGGAAGUUCUUAACAUGGUUGGCACUCCCCCACCAUGGCCCCCUGUCUUAUGUCGAGUAAGCAGUUCUAUUCUGAUUCUCACAUCAUACUGUGCCCUCUUAUCCUCUGACCUCCAGGUUGUCCCCUCCCACACUGUCUUCUGUCUUCCUUUUGGUCUCUUCAGUCCCUUAGCUUCAUAUCGUGUGUUACGUGCAUUUGCUCUCUCGGGCUGCGGUGCCAAAUGACCACAAGCUGGUCUACUAAACUCACCACCACCACCCUCCCACCCCCGGAAAUGGGCUCUCUCAUGGUCCUAGAGCCCGUGGUCAAGGUGUAGACAAGACUACUCUCCCUCUGAAGGCUCUGGUGUCAGUCCUUCCCUCUUGCAGCUUCUGGUGACCGGAGCAGUACAUAGGCUUCCACUUCAGUGUGUACCGCCAUCUUGCCAUGGUGCUGGGUGUUAGAGUGGGACGUGUCUUGUGGAGGACUCGGCUUAUCUCCAUGUGUACCCCCUGUACCCUGAUGAUGACCAAGUGAUUCCAGCCCAGGCUCCUCUGCUCAGUUUCCGGGAAGGUAUCUUGAGACCCGUCUGCAGCCUGAGAUGUCCUGCUUUGUCUCCCUCCCAAGCCACGGAGCUGUUCUUAGCUGUUUGCUCACCUCGGGACCCACGGCUCUGUUCUUCCAGGUGCUCAGACACCAUUCGCUUCUCACUCAAGAUGAUCUGAUGUCUGAAGUGAACUCUCAUCAACCAUGAUGGCUACACAGACGCUAAGUAUAGACAGCUAUCAAGAUGGACAACAAAUGCAGGUGGUCACUGAGUUGAAAACAGAGCAGGAUCCCAACUGCUCUGACCCGGAUGCAGAAGGAGUGAGUCCUCCUCCCAUCGAGUCUCAGACCCCGAUGGAUGCCGACAAGCAGGCCAUUUAUAGGCACCCGCUAUUUCCAUUGCUAGCUUUGCUGUUUGAGAAAUGUGAGCAGUCCACACAGGGAUCAGAAGGCACGACGUCCGCCAGCUUCGAUGUGGACAUUGAGAACUUUGUCAGGAAGCAAGAAAAGGACGGGAAGCCCUUCUUCUGUGAAGAUCCGGAAACAGACAACUUAAUGGUGAAAGCAAUCCAGGUCCUGCGUAUUCAUCUUCUUGAACUGGAGAAGGUGAACGAGCUCUGUAAAGACUUCUGUAGUCGGUACAUUGCCUGUCUGAAGACAAAAAUGAACAGCGAGACCCUGCUGAGUGGGGAGCCUGGAAGUCCGUACUCCCCAGUGCAGUCCCAGCAGAUUCAAAGCGCCAUCACAGGCACUCUCAGCCCCCAGGGAAUCGUGGUGCCAGCAUCAGCCCUGCAACAGGGGAAUGUAACCAUGGCAACAGUGGCAGGUGGCACAGUGUACCAGCCUGUCACCGUCGUCACUCCACAAGGCCAAGUGGUCACGCAGGCAUUAUCUCCUGGGACAAUUAGGAUCCAGAACUCGCAGCUUCAAUUGCAGUUGAACCAGGAUCUCAGCAUCUUGCAUCAAGAGGACGGCUCCUCCAAGAACAAGAGGGGCGUCCUGCCGAAGCACGCCACCAACGUGAUGCGUUCCUGGCUCUUCCAGCACAUAGGGCAUCCCUACCCCACCGAGGAUGAGAAGAAGCAGAUUGCUGCUCAGACAAACUUGACACUGCUUCAAGUCAACAACUGGUUCAUCAAUGCCCGAAGACGGAUUCUCCAGCCAAUGUUGGAUUCCAGCUGUUCAGAGACUCCAAAAACAAAGAAAAAGCCUGCUCAGAACAGGCCAGUUCAGAGGUUUUGGCCGGAUUCUCUUGCAUCAGGAGUGGCACAAGCAACACCCGGAGAGCUCGCCAUGUCGGAAGGUGCCGUUGUGACCAUCACCACACCUGUAAACAUGAAUGUGGACAGCCUUCAGUCCCUGUCCUCAGACGGGGCCACCCUGGCGGUACAGCAGGUCAUGAUGGCGGGGCAGAGUGAGGACGAGUCGGUGGAUAGCACAGAAGAUGAGGGUGGCGCCCUGGCACCCACACACAUCAGCGGGCUGGUGCUGGAGAACAGCGACUCCCUUCAGUAGGAACGGAGUGGAACGGCCAGUGUGGAGCCUGGACGCCGGACUCUUUACUGUUUGCACAGCAAACAUUUUACAGUUUUCUUUGUAACAUGUUUUAUAUGUAGAUAUAGAAGAGUGCACUUUUGUAUCUCACAGCUUCAAGACGUCUUCGCUGGUGCAGCAGCUUCCUUCAGAUGUGCGUGUAUGGGUUUUUAAUGCUAGAAACGUGAUGAGUGGCCCCUGCCCCUUGAGUCCCUGACGAGAUUAAGGAACAGUGCUGCCAUUUUCUAAAAAAUUAUGCAGUUGCAAUUGAGUUCUGUGGUUUACAGCAGGUCUGGGGGCUGCUGCCAGUGUCGCCCACGGGUCUGAAAGAUGACCUGCACUCGGGCUGCAGAGCGAGAGGACGCUGGCCCUGGUGGGCGGUGAGUGCUCACAACACACUUCAGUUCUCUCGGGCAGCAUUUGCCUGUUUCAUUUGCUAUAUAGAAAAAGAAACUCCUAUUUUUACCUUGCUGGGAUUAUUGGAUAAAAAGCUAUUUUUAUAAAUCAGUUAUUAAUUGGAUUAUGACUAUAUUGAGGAUAAAUUUCUAGAGAAGCAACAGCACACGCUUGUCUUUCUACUCGGAAAGUUGUGAAAGGCAGCCACCCAUGCAUGGCCUCCUGCUCCCUGCGGAAGAGGAGGAGGCUCACCUUAGCUGCUAAAAGGGAACAACUGUCACGUGAGCUUUGAUAUCUCCAGUUUCUGUUCAUAUAUGAUGUGCAGAUUGUGUUUUACACUCGCUGUAGCAUCUCACAGAGUGUGCUAGCAUCUCACAGAGUGUGCUAGCAUCUCACAGAGUGUGCUAGCAUCUUACAGAGUGUGCUCUGUAGGACGUACGGUUAGUGAGGGCUCUGCCGUGCCUCGUCUGACUGCAGUUACGUGGCUGCCGCCUGGCCAUGUUAACUGGGUGGUAAUUUUAGAUUUUUUUUUUUAGUUAAAACCCGUUAUACAUAGAAUGUUUAUUAUAAACUAAUAUAAAGUGUGCUCUACACCACUGGCUCAGAGCUGGGGUAAACAGCAAACCCCUAAACUGUCCUUCUGACUAGAAGACACCUGGAAGUUAGAACUGUGGAGGUGCCAUGGCGGUGGGCCACUGGUGGCUCUCACUGCCACUCCCCUCCUUCUUGGGUCCUCCCCUCUCCGUUCCCACUCCAGCUUCAGGACAGUUUGGGAACUUCAUUUCCCAGUGUCAAGGCAGAGCAGACUGUAGGCUGAGGUCUGGUUUGAUUCAUUUUGGUUUACUUGGGAAGCUUUCUCUUAGGAAACAAGUGCCCGCUUCAUGCUGAGCGUCUGUUUCCACAGUGCGCCGAGGCCCACCUGCUGAAAGGGAACCGCUGUGCCUUGGGCCCCAUGGGUGGUAAUUGCUUAUGGACCAAGGUUACCCUAAGGGGAGCUCGUUAGCCAAUUCACACUUUUCUGGAACACUUCACAGUCCCCCCAAAUGUCUUGAUUCUCUUCAGCCAUUGAGCACACCUGGACAGCCAAGUAGUCAGCACGAAAAGUGGGGGCUCCUUUAGAACCACUUACGGUGCCUCCACUACAAGAAAAAGAAAACAGCAAAAUAAACAAAACCUAAAAGCUCCCAGCAACUCCUUAGAGGAGAGAAGGACAUCUUAAGCAGCCCUUCUCCUCCCUAUUCACGACUGCUUUAGGAUUUAAGUCAGGCGCACGGAAGCCUCACAGUCAGCUGGCUACACUGGGUUUAGAGCAGAGGUACAUCACCCUGCGAGCCCUGCAGAAGUCUGCCACUCCCCUCCGCAAAGGAUGCACAGCCCCUGCCGUCCCGCCUCUGUCCCAGCUGCUCUAGCUGGGAUUUGAACACCAUGACUCUCGUGUCCUUCCCAGUUGAGAUCAUCUUCCCUAAGCACUGAACUCUCACCUGCUAACCCCAGAGGAAACCAUGAAGAUCAUAAGAGAUCCUGGGCAUGGUGACACACUCCUGUUAUCCCAACACUCAGGAGCCUGAGACAGGAGGUAAGCCUGGGCUAUUUAACUUGACCCUGUCUAAAAAAAAAAUAAAAAAGGGUUGUAAAAGAGCUGGCACAGGGUCAUAUCCUUCCACCUCCCCAUGCAUAGAGAUGCAUAGAGUGAGUCCUGUGAGGCAAGCCUUGCUGGUUCAUAGAGUUCCUGUCCAGCAGACUUGUCUCCCCGUUGCACCUUUUCAAGACACCUGAUUACUGGGCAUUGUGGCAUUUGCCUGUAUACAAGCACUUAGGAAGCUGAAGCAGGAGGAUUGCUGGGAGGUUGAAUCUGCCUCUGGUGCCUAGGGAAACCCUGUCUCACAAAACCAAGCAAAAUUCCUGCUCUCCUUUCCCCUGGCCAGUGGAGAAAACCUGAAAGUACAUCUCCUUUGAGCUUUGUUUAAAUGGCCGGAUUCUAGCAUUCGUUCCCGUUAAAGUUCUCCCUAACAUUGGAGCCCUUUGAAUGUCUUCUGAGACCUACAGUCAACCCGUGUCAUACCUGCUGUUUGGCUGCCUAGCAGAAAAUCUAGACUGGUUGACCCACCCAUCUGGUGGGCUCCGGUUUUCUGCUUCCUUGAGUCCAGAUUGUCGAAUAGAAGUGUAUAUGCAAUAUGCACCGUGACCCUUCCCGCUAGGGCUGAUGGGCCACUGUGUAGCCUGCUGCGUGGCCGGCGCACCUGUGGGGGCUGCGGGAGACUUGCUCCUCCCCCAUGGCUGGCAGGGAACGCCCAUCCCGCAGGCCCCUCCCACAGGUAGUGACGGAACCCGCAGGCUGCCUUCUUCAGUUAAGUUCCGUCUUUGAAACUGACAAUCUUUAAAAUGUGAAUACUGUAACAAUAUGUUUUCUUGGAUUGUUGUCUUUAAAAGGAUUUUUUGUGAAGCAACUGAUUUAUCAAAGAAAAAAAAAUUAAAACCAGAAACAUG